AUGCAGGACGGGCCGGCCCGUUUAGGUCCUUUACUAAACGGGCCUUCAAAUGGCCAAUCCUCCUCUUUGACCACCAGGCCUAAUUGUUGUCACCUGAAGCGAUUUCAGUUGAGCGAUGAGCUUAAUCCAAACAGUAGUAGUUUCUACCGGGUUGCGGCAUCCCUUGGCCUCUCUUCGUCUCCCAAAAACCUCGCCGUACCUUCAAGAAACGCUAUAUUUUUCAGUGGCGAUCGGGUGGAGGGGACGGGUAAUCCAGUGAUCGAGAGAUUAUCCGAUCUUAAGACGAUUGCCGAGGUAUUGGUGUCAAAGUUUGGUGGAUCUGUUAAUGCCUUUGUUGUGGAAGCUUCUGUUUUCAACGGACCUUUUGCCGUUUACAAGGAUUUUGUGCCGUCUGUGAACGAUCAUGGGGAACCGGAAUCUUAUGAUGCUACUGGCUUCCCAGCCUCGACUUCAUUAGUCCUGCUAUUGUCGAAGUUCCUUGCAGAGGCGAAAAACAUCAUUCUAGGCAAACAGAACGAAUCAUACCAAGCCGAGACCUCCACAUCACAUUCACUCAAACCAAAAACCACACUUCUCGGCUUUAGCAAAGGCGGCAUCAUACUCAAUCAGCUCAUAACUGAAUUUGCCUUCUCACAAUUACCCAUUGAACUUUCUAAGAAAGAGUUCGAACACAUUAUACCCACAUCAAAAGAACACCUUUUAAACAGCAUAUCAGAAAUCCACUAUGUUGAUGUAGGAUUAAACUCUAAAGGAGCUUAUCUCGACAGUAAAGACGUGAUUGACAGAAUUUCUGAACGUGUUUCGAAAAGGAAUUUUGGAAUCCGGUUCAUCUUGCACGGGACCCCAAGACAAUGGCGUGACGAGAGAAGGAUUUGGAUCCGUAUGGAGAAAGAUGCCUUGCUUCGGCUCCUCAAGGGAGCCGCUAGUAAGGACGUGUUUGGGAAACUGAAAUUUCGAGAGAGGCUGUACUUUCCACACAGGCUUCCCGAUUUGCAGAUGCAUUUCGAGAUUAUUGACUUUAUUGAUGUGAGUUGA